GUCGAUGAUUAAUCUUUAUGCCAUGUCCUCAAUCGGCCAGCUUUAGUUGUGCUUUAUUUCAACAAAGUGAAAGUUAGGCUAUGCAGCUAUAGGCCUAUGCAUCACAUAGGCCCAACAUAUGUAGGCUAUACAAUUAAUGUAUGGUACAAACUUGAAAGAUGCAGGUAAAGACCCGGGGAAGACACUUGUAUGCACUGGUUUUGCUCAUUGGAGCAACAUGAGAGCGCAGUCUUAACGGCCACAGGAGCGCAUUGGACGGAUUAGAGGAGCGGCGGCGAGGGUCAUCAGUUGCGAAACAUCUCUCAUCCUGCCGUCCGCUCUGACUACAGUUUGGGAAUGAGCUGAGCUGCAUGCAUAAUAACACCGCACAGAGAAUUGGAUACAUUUGCGCGCUGUCUGUCUCUCGCUUUAUCUGAAGCAAAGGCAUUCUGGCGAUGACAUCAUAAAAACACGUGGACCAAGGGUUCACUGUCAGAGUAUAGUGAUGGGACUUAUCUCGUUGUUUGGUUCUUUAUGGGGCUCAAACUAAACUUCUGAGAAAAGUUGUUGUUUUUUUAAACGCUGCUGCGUUUGUGCAGAGGGGAGAUAGAGAUGUCAUCUGGUCAAGGACUAUUGAACGUCUUCUCCUGCUCCACUCCAGCCUCCAAAGCCAUCUCCAAAAGGAAGUUGCGACAAACUCGGAGCCUGGACCCUGAUAUUAUAAGGAAAUGUGGCACAGAGACAGAUGGAACCCGUGGGGACCGCUUGGGUUUACCGGGUUUGCGCGUUGAGGAUGCAGGUGCGUUUUCAUCCUCGCCAAGCUCCCCUGAGCACCAGGUUGCGUUGAAAUCAGAUCCCCGUUCCAGAAAUCUCAGGGUGAAACAACCCCUUUCGUCUUUAUCUGGUCCCUCCACACCCUUGGACAUCUCCCCGACAUCAAACUUUCCCUUUGACUAUGACGUGACUGUGAGGGGCACAAAGCGGAAUACCGCGUGGGAUUUACCGUUUCUGGUGAGGAGCCCCAGCGUCACUCCAACUGGGAGCACGAACACAUUAUUCUCACCGCGGAGAUGGCUUCAGAAGAAGCAGCAACAGUCCAGUUCUCACGCCUAUAUCGUUUGGAAGUCGGAGGGUGACUUCACCUGGAACAGCCUGUCAGGGCGGAGUGUACGGCUGACGCCGACGGCCAUCCAGAGCCUGUCGGAGCUGGAACGGACCUGGCUACAGGAGGUAGCCUUCAACAGGCUCCAUCAAGACUAUGACCUGGGCUGUCAGAUCACCAUCCCCAAAGAUGGACAGAAAAGGAAGAAGUCGCUGAGGAGGAAGUUGGACUCUUUGGCGAAAGAGAAAAAUAAAGAUAAAGAAUGCAUCCCCCAGGCCUUCGGUAUGGCCCUGUCCCAGGUAAUCGCCAACGACCGGACCCACAGGCAGCGCCAGGACGGCCUGCGUCAGGACCCUCCUCACAGGGAGGAGCAUAAGGACCCGUCGGACCUGGUGUCGUCCAUCCUGCAGUUUGCCACCAAGAGGUCCACCAAUAAGGAGCUGUCCAGCAGUAACUCCUCCCUCAGCUCCACCUCGGAGACAGCUAACGAGUCCACGUCGCCCAACACGCCCGAGGCUGCCCCGCGGGCGCGCAGGAGGGGGGGCAUGUCAGUGGACUCCAUCACAGACCUGGACAAUAACCAAUCCCGCCUGUUGGAGGCGCUGCAGCUCUCUCUGCCCGCUGAAGCACCCAGCAAGAAGGAGAAGCACCGGGACAAGAGGAUGAGCCUGAACCCUAUCUACAGACAGGUGCCUCGCCUAGUGGACAGCUGCUGCCAGCACCUGGAGAAGUAUGGUCUUCAGACGGUGGGGAUAUUCCGAGUGGGGAGCUCCAAGAAGAGAGUGAGGCAGUUGAGGGAGGAGUUUGACCGGGGAGUGGACGUCCAGUUGGAUGAGGAGCACAGUGUCCACGACGUGGCCGCGCUGCUCAAGGAGUUCCUCAGAGACAUGCCUGACCCUCUCCUCACCAAGGAGCUCUACACUGCCUUCAUAAACACCAUGUUGCUGGACUGUGAGGAGCAGUGGAGCGCCACCCAGCUCCUGGUUUACCUGCUGCCAGCCUGUAACAGCGACACGCUGCACCGCCUCCUGCAGUUCCUCUCUACCGUGGCCAACCACGCCCACGACAGCCAGGACAAAGACGGACAGGAGGUGACGGGGAACAAGAUGACCUCUCUGAACCUGGCCACCAUCUUUGGUCCCAACCUCCUCCACAAGCAGAAGAGUUCAGACAAGGAGUUCAGUGUGCAGAGUUCGGCCCGUGCAGAGGAGAGCACUGCUGUUAUCGCUGUCCUCCAGAGGAUGAUCACAACCUUCCACUCCCUCUUCAUGGUGCCCCCCGACCUGCAGAAUGAGGUCCUAAUGACUUUACUGGAGUCUGAUCCUGAUGUGGUAGACUAUCUGCUCAGGAGAAAAGCAUCACAGAGUCCGGACGUGUUGCGAUCGGAGGAUCCUUUCUCCCUGAGCGAGAGGCGCUCAUCCAGUGACUCCAACAAGGUCUCCAGUGGAGAGCUGUCCCCCUAUGACAACAACUCCCCCAUCCUGUCUGAGCACCCGGGGGAAGGGACCAGCCCAGGGUCAGAGAGGCUCUUUCAUGUCCCAGAACAGUACACCCUGGUGAGGCAGGUGGAAGGACGGACACGGAACCCCCAUGGGUCCAAUCCCUGGGUCUCAAAAGAGGAGCAUGCUAAUAUCUGGGGAGCCUGGCAUUCCACUCUGAAACCAGGGCUGAAGGACCAGCCUUAUGCAGGUUCCCAUAGUAACAUGUCGGAGGGCAGCUCACGCAGCUCCCAGGAAGGACUUGACUGUCUCCAAGGCGAUGCCAGGCAGGUGGUACGACGGACACAGACCUCGCUGGGCGUGGCUGAGUGCAGGCCCCACCCCCCUGUGACACGUGUCUGCAGCAGCCCUCACGGCGAGGUGGGACGGCCGCUCCUCCUGCUGAGCCUCAAUCCUUUGACCCCACCCCAUCCGCACCCCGACAGCCAAUCAGCAGCCAGCAGCGCAGAGGACCUCCCCCAGGGCAUUAGACACCAGGCUAUCCCCAGCCCUAACUCUGCCCACUCGGGUCCCGCCCUCUCAGGGCGUCCUCCCCCUCCCCCGUACAGCGGCUCGUCCUCCAGGCUCUCCCCUGCUGCCUCUAAACCAGCCCAGCCUGUCUCCCCCUCCCCCGCAGCACCCCUUCACCAGCACCCCCUGCAGGGUGGGAGGCCAACGGUGCCACAGAACUCAGCCUCCCCCACCACUUACAGCAUGGUACCCAUGAGCCAGGAGUGGCAGGACUGGCAGAGGGACAGAUGGCAGAUCUGGCAACUCCUGUCCUCGGAAAACGCAGACACACUCCCAGAGACACUGGUGUAAGCUGGACCAUCGGACCGUGGGGUAGUGUUAGCCAUCCCUUCCUCCAUCCCUCCCCUCCGUCCUUCCCCCCAAACAUGGACGCCAUGGGGUUGUUUACAUGUGCAGCUGCUGCCUAUACUACGGACUUGGUACGGAGUCACAAGUGUUUCCUGUUUGCUGUGUAUAGAUCCGCGAUUGAUGUUGUAUCCUGGGGACCCCUUUGCUUGUUAUUAAAUACUCUCUCUGAGCUGUUUGAGAGGAUCAAAACUAACUGUCAGCAAGACAUACCUCAAACGUCAAGUUUAUCAAUUUGAUUCACAGUUAUUACUGCAUGUCCACAUUUCGAUAAGGCCCCAGUUUAAAUUGAACUGAAUGUAAUAUGUAGAGGUGACUUUUGAAGACAGGAAGGUUUAACAUUUAUGGCAACAAUUGAUAAGCUACAGUCAAUUUACAUGACCAAUCCUACCCUUAUAUAUUUACUGAAGUCAUCACAUAUAUUAGUGAUCGCUGCUAAUUAUUCAGAGAGUAUUUACUUGCUGAAAAUAUAUCCCGGUAAGUAUCGUACGAGUUUGUAUGAACAGAGUUUUAUUCAAUGUCAGUCACCAAGUAACAGAGCCCACAGUACAGUUUUUGCAACAGUUUCUAUAUAAGCAUUCUAAUGCAUUUUAGGUCUGCCUAGCAAACCAAAAACCUUUUACAGGCUGUCUAAAUGUUUGUGUUGUGUGGUUUUAACACGGUUUAAAAAGAUAACGUCUGUCAAAGCUUCUAAAAGAAAACUAUUAUUGCGAUCAGUACAGUAAUGUGCCACGUGCCAAAGUUCCUUUCCUCUCUCUUUUCAUCAAAUGUUUUUUGGCCGUCUAUAAAGUCUCAUCUGCUUUCUCUCAUUCCGUAGUUAACAUUGUUCUUUUAGCUUUUGGAUUUCACUUCACCAUGGUUGCUACAGCAUGGCUUAUCGUACAAGGUCAAAUCAACAUGAUUCAUUCCAGUGAUCUCCCUCAUUCCAUUAGGUGGUUGAUGUCAAGGUGAAUGGCUGCAUAGGAGUAUUUUUGGAAGCAGAUUAAAAAGACAAGUUCAUUGCUGGCCUGACAGGUUCAUUACUUUACCUCUCACUGUAUUUGCCUGAUUGAUAUGGGAUUUCAACUAGAUAUUUGCACUUACUCUACUGUGGACUCUGGGAAUUGCCCAACUUUUUGGGGGUUCCUCCUUUUCAACAACAAAACAAACACGUCUCUUGCUUUUGUCAUUACGUGCACUGUCUGCCUCUAUAACUUACCUUUUUGCUCCCAAAUACAUUAGUAGUCUCCGAUCAUUUCCCAGUUUUGUGGAUAUUUGCUGGCAAAUAUUGCACACUUUCCAAAUGGUAGUUUGGGUGGUUAUGUUUGUUUCAAUCCGUCCACAUGUCAGAGGAAUUUGAUGUGUGAUAGACAUUGGAAUUAUUUACAAGGAUUCACACAUUUCUACAUGUCUUUGCAGUGUCCCACAAAAUGACAGGACUUGUUUCGAAAACGUGUCCCAUCUUUACUUCUAUAAAAAAAACGCUUUCAACAGCUUGUGUUUCUAAGCCCUAUUCUGAAUGUCUGUGUGUUUGGAGUCAAGUAUGCCAUAGAUCCAUGCUCUUUGAAAAUUAUUUGAUACCCCACAUUGCUUUGUGGUUGUCAAUGAUUUUUUUUUGUAGCAUGUCAUCCAAGAUAAUUUUUUUUCUUAAUAACUAUCAUGUCUGUUCAGUACUGUAACAUAUGAAAUAACAAUUUUUACUCCCCCCAAAAAUCUACAAACACAUGUAUAAGGCCCGAGUUUUGACCUGAUGUCAGCUUUUGUAUUGUGUGUCGUCUUAAAUAUGCCAUGGUGGAAUUAAACGUGAAAGAAGGUG